CCACGCCCCUUCCUUUACAUCCAAUCCCGACAUGGAGCCCAUCAAGGUCCAAUCAGAAGGAGGCCUGAACGUGACCCUUACUAUCAGGCUGCUGAUGCACGGCAAGGAGGUUGGAAGCAUCAUUGGAAAGAAAGGAGAAACGGUGAAGAAAAUGCGUGAAGAUAGCGGUGCACGUAUCAACAUCUCAGAGGGGAACUGCCCUGAGAGGAUAGUCACCAUCACUGGGCCCACAGAUGCUAUUUUCAAGGCCUUCGCCAUGAUAGCAUACAAGUUUGAGGAGGAUAUAAUAAACUCUAUGAGCAACAGUCCGGCCACCAGUAAACCCCCGGUCACCCUCAGGCUCGUCGUCCCAGCCAGCCAGUGCGGCUCUCUCAUCGGGAAAGGAGGCUCCAAAAUCAAAGAAAUGAGAGAGUCCACAGGAGCUCAGGUCCAGGUUGCAGGUGACAUGCUGCCCAACUCCACGGAGAGAGCAGUGACGAUCUCCGGAGCGCCUGAAGCCAUCAUCCAGUGUGUCAAACAGAUCUGUGUGGUGAUGCUGGAGUCCCCACCGAAAGGUGCCACUAUCCCCUACCGCCCCAAGCCUGCCUCCACCCCUGUCAUUUUUUCAGGUGGCCAGGUAAGAGCAGACCCACUGGGGGCGUCCACGGCCAACCUCAGCCUCUUACUGCAGCACCAGCCACUGCCUGGUUAUACCAUUCAAGGACAGUACGCCAUCCCUCAUCCUGACCAGUUGAGCAAGCUCCACCAGUUGGCUAUGCAGCAAACCCCCUUUAACCCCCUCGGACAGACCACCCCUGCCUUCCCCGGUCUGGAUGCCAAUAACCAGGCCAGUACUCAUGAACUCACCAUUCCCAAUGAUCUAAUAGGCUGCAUAAUCGGACGCCAGGGAACCAAAAUCAACGAGAUCCGUCAGAUGUCUGGGGCACAGAUCAAAAUUGCUAACGCCAUGGAAGGGUCAUCGGAGCGCCAGAUCACCAUCACAGGGACCCCCGCCAACAUCAGCCUGGCCCAGUACCUCAUCAAUGCAAGGUUCAGAGACGUGGCGGCCAUGUGGAACGACCCAUCUUCCAUGACCACGUCCUGAAUCCCUGACUGGCUCCUCCGUUUGGCCCUUUCCAGCGAUUGACCACCGCAGACAACCCUGAUGAAGCCCCCCGGACUCUGGCUCUGGCUCCCUGAAAACCUGUCCGC